CUCCAUCCCCGCAGUCCAAAGAUCACCUCACACCUUAAGACACGCACUUUAAUACCACUUGAAAUCUUUCAUUAUUCGUGUAAUUAUUGAUAAUGACAGACAAUCAGCCCAUCGGCUUACACACACUUCCUAAUGAGCUUUUAAUCCAGAUCGCAACACACCUCGACAUCGAAGCCCCAUCAAUUGCCAAAUUCGCCCACGAACCCUCAGCGGAGCUGACGAACUCAGACUGCACUCCUCUGAAAGACUUGUCCCGAGUAUCAUGGCGUUUGAGAAAGGUCGUUGUUCCGAUCUUGUUCAAGACCGUCAGGGUGUCUCUCGAUCCAAAGCCGCAAUGGGUCCCACUGGAUGCUCGACUCAUCGAAAACAUGCAGGGCCAGCUAUCUACACUGAGCAACCACGAGUUCAUGAUCUACACCAAGAUGCGCAGCAAGUUCAAGAGCAGCUCUGCCUUCGCUUUUGAUCCGUCGUUCGACGACAUUCUUAUCAACCUGUGUAAGAUCCAGGACGGUGACGAGUUUCUGAAAUCAUCGCCAACAAUCUUGUGGUUACCGCAUAUCAACAGCAAUUUCACAGACUUCAGCCGCGUUGUUUCGAAGUACCAGCUCAAGCAGCACAUAAAGAGCAUAGUAGUGCAUACCGAUAUAGAGUACGGGCUCCGCCAUGUUUCCACGGCCGAUGCCCCCUUGGCUCGAGCAGUCGCCGAGAUAUGGGAGCAGAUCUUCACCUGUCUCGAACCGAGCCGUGUCGUUGUAGCCGCUCCUCCAGCGACUCUUGCCGGCCUUCUCGACACGCAGAUGCAGAGCUCCGACACAUGGGCCUUCGAAAUGAAAAUGCACUACAUCGAGCUGACUCAGGAAUCUCCGAGACUCGAACACAUGAAGUCGGAUUGCCGGCCUUGGGAUUCGGCGCUCAUUCACCGCCGACCAUGGUCACACAUUGCAUAUAACGAAGGAUCCUCCAUCACUGCGUACAGCACGUACGAAUACCACCUCAAGCAGUCCCCCAAGAUCCUCUACCUGCUUCUUAUGCGCCUGGCUAAGGAGGUCGAAUCGUGUUGCAACAUCACAUCCUUCAGCUUCACUGGUGUGUUUCCCUUCGCAACGAACGUCACAAGCAUCAUACGCGCUCUUCACCGCAUACCCACGCUGCGGAACGUCACUUUUCAACUGGCACCUGGACCUGAAAACGACCUGCUGGGCCCCUCGUAUCGCACAGGCAUGGGUAGAGCUCAGUCCAGCGACAUCUGGCUCGAGUGGAAUGAGAGUUACAAGGUCAUUGCUAGCUACCUGGGCGUCUUCGACUUCGGCGACGGUGCAGAGUUCAGGAGUAGGGACUGUACGAGCAAGACACUGACUGACGACGUUGAAGAGAUGGUGGGGUUGCUGAGGCAUAGAGGCGCCGGGUGGAGGAGUAAAGAAGGCGAGACAGGCGUGUGGGUCAGGGAUUAUGCGCUGGACGACAGAGUCACAGAGCCUAGUGUCGACCAACUGACAGCGCUGACGGGCGACACCACAAUCACGGUGUGAAAGGGUCAACGUGGCAGCAAGGUCCAAAGGUGAUGGCUGUAGUUCUUCCAUCACCUCCCAAUCCACAAAUACCCUCCAAACCACCCCACCAUGCCCCCCAUAUCCCCACGUGCAUCCCCCGACUCGUCUGUGUCUCGGCAUGCGCUUCCUCGACCUCGAAGCCUGCUCCGACGGCGAACUGCACUGUCUCUACCACGACCCCGAACGCACCAUCACGCUCCUCCAGCCCCGCACCUCCUGCGCACUGCACUUCUACGCCCCGCGCGACGACCCCCAUUCGCCCAUCAGCACGUUCCUCGCCCGCCGCCCGAACGCAGUCCACUCGUGGUGGCGCCAGGCGCUGCACGUCACGCGCACGCCGCAUCUCAGCACCGCACAACACACCAGCCUUGAUACCACGCUCCUUGACUCCCCGCCCGAACCCCCCCUCACCACCGCAGACACCGACGCAGCAACCCUAACCC